AUGCGCAAGUUGAUUCCUUUUAGUAUAAUUUUUUUGAUUUUACCUGAGUCAAUUCCUCUUUUUGUCAUGUUUGCUCCUGGUGUAGUACCCAGUACAUGUAUCAAGGAUAGUCAAAUAUACAAACAACGUGAAAAGUUAGACAAAUUACGGCAAACAAUGUCAGCCAAUGUCCUUAGAUCUGCCCAAUAUGUGAAGAGUAUUUCAGCUGAAGAUUUCUUGUCACUUACCAAAUUUACUAAGAUUGCCAAACACUAUGAUUUUGACUUUGAUUUGGAUCAAAUUGAUCGAAUUCACUUGGCUUCUUACUGCAGAUUUAUGGGAUUGAAUGGAUGGGGUACUCGUGGAAUGCUUAGGAAACGACUUGAUCGACAUUUUGAUUAUUUGAAACAAGAUGAUAAGUUGAUUUCUCAAGAAGGUGUGGAUUCUUUGACUCUUCGUGAAUUACAACAAGCAAUAGAAGAACGUGGGAUGCGGUCAUUGGACUUGGAUCAACAUCAUUUACGACAAGGAUUGAAAUAUUGGAUAGCAACUCAUUCUGUUGAACCUCCCAUUGCUCGUGGAUUACUAGUAUUCAGUAGAAUGUUUUUACUCAAUGCCAAUUACAAAUAG